CCCUCUCUCACUCACUCCUCCAACACAAGGACUCUCUCUCUUUCCUCAAGGUAAGAACAGAAAUUCUUCCUUUUUUCUCUCGCUCUAUGAGUGUUUUUCUCUCUAUUUCUCUACUUAUCAAACCUUUAUUCAGUUCAUUGAGAACAAAUGAAUUACCUAAUUGGAUGUAGUUGUUCUUGAGUCAGGUAUAAGAACAAGAAAUCUGGAGAACAAUCUUUUAAUGUAAUUAAAAUGCUAUAUUUUCUUGUUAGGUUGUAAUAAUAAUAAUAUAAUAUGCCAUUUAGCAGACGCUUUUAUCCAAAGCGACUUACAGUCAUGUGUGCAUACAUUUUUAUGUAUGGGUGGUCCCAGGGAUCAAACCCACUACCCUGGUGUUACAAGCGCCAUGCUCUACCAAUCGAGCUACAGAGGACCACAGUUGUGUUUGAUCAAGUAGAUCAAUUAUGUAGCUUGGACUGCCGUGUGUGUAAUGAGUGAUCUGUUGAAGUGUAUGUGAAUGAUCGGUUGAAGUGCAUCAGCUUAAGUGUAGGUUUAAGUGAUGGGAACAACUGACAGUGACCUCACUGGUCUCCCCAUAGACCACAUUACAGACUGCUGACAUUUAUCAGUCAUUCAGAUGGACAAUUAAUGUGCCAUACUUAACUUUGUGUCAUUUUGUCUUUUAGGGUAAAAUAUGUCAGAUUUUCCAAAGAUCACUUUAGUCUCCAUUAUAUUCUAUUCUGGUAUAUUCUAUUGUAGCAUAUUUUAUUUUGACUAAUAAUCAGUAAUUCAGUAAUAUUCUGACUCAAUGAGUGAAGAGAUCUCUGAGGGGAGGGAAGAGAAAGAAAGAUCAGGAGUGAAAGAGAAGGAAAAUGAUUUUUGCGGUUUUGCUAAGUAUCUCCAGAACAAUGCAAUGACCUUAUCACAUCACUAAUGCCUCUUUUGGAUAAACAAGUCAACACUUACAGUAAAUGAGUUAAGUGGUAGCUUGGUUUUUCCCGGAGCAGCGCUGAACAUAGCAGACAGAAGAAAGAAGCAGUUUACACCUUUAUGUCACAGUCCUCUCCACUCCUCUCACCGCUACCCCUCUUCCGCUCUCUCUCCCCUAGAUGACUGCGGGGUUGUGUGUGUGUGUUCUGUUGGUGGUCCUGUCCACUGGCUGUUUGGGACGACCCCAGUCCUCUCCCCCCCUCCAAGAGGGCCGCCCUGCCAUGCUCCCUUCUUCUGAAGGUAAGAACAGGGAGAUGUACCACAUCUGGAUGUCAAAUACAUUUCUAUCAAAUACCUUCAAAUACCUGAGCUGCGCUUGAUUCAUCUUUCCUGGUACAAUGGAACCGAUGAAUACAUUUUUGUUCAAACUGGUGUCCUGAUGAUAUGAUUAAUGUUUAUGCUUUUUAUGGCAAUCCUUGGGCUCUAGAAAGAGGCAAUAGCAAUAAAAGAUUAUAUCCAUUAUAUUAUCAUAAUUUUUGUAGCUAUGUCAUUGAAUUGCACCAACCCAAGACAGUAGACAAAAGCUAACAAGGUGUUUCGUAUUCCCUUUGAUAGCACGUCUUGAAGCCAACGCCCACUACCUCUCCGAGCCACGCCUCAGACAGACACGCUCCGCCCCUUUGGACAAUACCAUCCCAUAUACGGUAGAAGAAGGUGGAGACUCCAGAGCCAACCUCAGUGAAUUGUUGGCUAGACUCAUCUCCUCACGGAAAGGUGGGUGAGUGAGUGAGUGAGUGAGUGAGUGAGUGAGUGAGUGAGUGAGUGAGUGAGUGAGUGAGUGAGUGAGUGAGUGAGUGAGUGAGUGAGUGAGUGAGUGAGUGAGUGAGUGAGUGAGUGAGUGAGUGAGUGAGUGAGUGAGUGAGUGAGUGUGUGAGUGAGUGAGUGAGUGGUGGUGUGUGUGUGUGUGUGUGUGUGUGUGUGUGUGUGUGAGAGAGAGAGAGAAAGAGAGAGAGAGACAGGCAGGAGAGAGAGAGGCAUGAGGGAGGGAGUGGAAAGAGAGAGAUGAGGUAGAGAGAGAAGAGAGGGAGAAUGAUAGAAGAUAUGAGGGAGAGAGAGAAGAGAGAGACAAAAGGGAGAGAGAGAGAGAAGCGAGAAAAUAUGAAUAAAGCUCACAUUGUUCUCUUCAAGUAAUUUUUAGAACCUCUCCCUCUCUCGUUCACUCUGAUCGCUAUUAAAGUGAGAGUGUGUUGUUUGGUCUAAAUGGCUUGUGGUUUUGAAAAGCUUUCGUGGUUUGUACAUGGAAGUGUGUGUGUGUAUAUCUUUCUGGUCUUUGGCUUUCGUUCCAUCUCCUUAAAUGUCUCUGCUUUGUCAGUGACAGGAUCUAUAAAGACACUUGUUCUGUGACAGGAUCAGGGGAGAUCUCAGUCGGGGCUUUUACACUAGUUGACAACAACUGUAGAGAUAUUCUGUCCGAGCUUUAGAUAUUCUGUCUGCGUUAGUGUGAUGUUAUACACACACGCACACACAUACACAGACACACACACACACCUCCGUUCAGAAGAUAACAGACAGAGAACAGCAUGAUAAAGACGUGAACGGAUAGUACCAUGGGGCUACUGAAGAUAGCGUUGGUGUCAUCACAGUCUAUCUAAUGAGUUAGUUUUGGCAUGUAUUCUGUAAGAGGUGCCGUUAUACUCAAGCGGUAGAACAUUGUAAGUGCCCACUUCAACAACUACUUAUGAUAAAGUUCACAAAACAAUCCGAAUUUACUACUUCCAUCUGAGAUAAAUAUAUAAGUGCUGAGUUCAAGUGUUAAACUCAUGGGUUAUAGGUCCAAUGCAGCCAUUUUAUCUCAAUGUCAAAUCAUUUCUGGGUAACAAUUAAGCACCUUACUGUGAUUGUCUUCAAUAGAAUAGAAUAGCUUCUUAGCAAAGGGCAAUUUCUCAAGCAAGAAUUUAGCUGGGACUGUUUGGAUUGGUCUGAGUGGGGAGGGGGAAACAGAAAAUUAGCUGUUAUUGACAGAGAGGUUUGGAACACUUUCUCAUUGGUCUAUUAACUAAUUUACUACAUUACGAUGUCACCUAGCCUGAUGACUCACACUAAAUUCUUCCGCUGCUCUGUCGUUCGCUACAUGCUUUAGUCUGAGACCGCCAUCAUUGAAGUCGUUUGUGGUGAAGAGGGGCGUUGUACAAAACAAAGUCAUCAUCGAUUGGAUUGUCUUUAACCCAUCAGUGUAUCAAAGCCUAUGACCAAUUUUCAAACCCCCGCUUUAUCCCCGUGUGUUCUGGCUCUGGCCCAACCCAUUGGUUUCUGGACCAAUCACACGGCCCCAAAUGUGUUCGCAUUCGGUGAAGGGUCGGGGAGGAACUCAGAUCCAGACACAUUGCGAAGAAGAAACUAAAGUCUGUGGGCGUGGCGUAGCAUUUGGCCGGAGCAAGGAGUCUGGGUAGCCAGGCAAUAUGUCAACAUUGAAGGCCAAAACUCCAUCACACCAAAACAAGCUGACAUUUCUGGCGACCUUUUCAAACAGCUCUUACACUGAAAGGGUAUUAUCAUAAUUUUCACAAUUUCACAAUAUUAUUCCAACCUCAUAGUGUGUAAAUAUAUAUAAAACACAGGAAAAUCUAGUUUUUGACAGCACUGGGCCUUUAAUGCAACAUGCCAGAAAUUCUAACUUUAUUGCUUCAAAAGUUCAUGUUCACAGUUUGUACCAUGAAAUCACGACCUACACAGCUAGUCUGUUAUUAUGUGCAUCACUCUACGGUGUCAAUGAGACAGAGACAGGGGGAAGGGUCAGAGAAACAGAUGUAAAGCAAAAGAGAGAGAGGGAAUACAACAAGUCAGAAAAAUUGAGAGGGAGAAAGAGGGGUUUAAUAUUGCAGCUCUGAACCCAAAUAAGUAUUUAACAUUUUAGUAAUUUAGCAGAUGCUCUUAUCCAGAGCAAUUUACAGUUAGUGAGUGCACAUAUAUAUUUUUUUCAUACUGGCCCCCCGUGGGAAACGAACCCACAACCCUGGCGUAGCAAACACCAUGCUCUACCAACUGAGCUACAGGGGACUAUAGUAAAGGCUGUUAUUCAUUAUAUCACCAGACGGAGGGUUGGGCUUAGAACACUGGCCUCUGACACACAUGCACAUGCACAGGCACAAACACACACACACACACACACACACACACACACACACACACAGAGAGAGAUCAUUCUGAGACCUGUGAAGUGUCUUGGCUCACAGGGAGUAUGUGAGGGACUCGCUGUAACACGCUUGACAGUUACACCUCCUACAAUGACAAUGUGUGUGUGUGCGUGUGUGUGUGUGUGUGUGUGUGUGUGUGUAUGUGUGUGUGUAUGUGGGUGGCAUGGGAGGAGUGUUAAAAGCUCCCCAGUGACACGAACACCAUCAAUAUUACCAUAGUUCACACGCCAGUCAAACAACCACGAUCAGAUAUCUCCAGUGUUAGCCAUGUCUUAUGUUAACUAAUCUCUAUCUGGUUAAUUCCUUAGCUAAUAAAUCACAUUCCCACAGCCCUUCUGUUGAUAUAGUAUGUCUCUGCAUGCGUGUGGGGCAGCCAAAUUGUUUAACCCGUCACAAAGACUCACACCAGUAGAAGAGAAACAGGUGUUAUAGCUCUCUCUUCUUUCCUCCCUCCCUCUAGGUUCUAUCCGUAAGAACUCGACAGUGAACAGCAGAGCUAGCGGUCUCAGUGCUAACCACCGGAUAAAAGACCGGGACUACAACGGGUGGAUGGACUUCGGCCGCCGCAGCGCAGAAGAGUACGAGUACUCCUUGUAAAAAAGUAGUCCCUCUCUCCGAGAAAACAACAAACUCAGUUACUGUCCCGCGAUAACAGUAUAUUUAUUCUGUAUUGAUGUACAUUUGUUUGUAAACACUACAUGAUGCAAUAUAUACAUAUGCCACAUUUUGCAGAAAAUCUUUAAAGUUCUGGUUUUCUUUCCUGGUUUUCUGUCUGUUUUUGGUUUUGGAGGGAAUUGAACGGAAUGAAAAAAGGUGUUAAUGGUAAAAUAUAUAUGAUGUCAUGAGAUGAACUUGGAUCAAUAAAAGUUAAGAAUGAACAGUAUCUCAACAAAAUGAGUUGACACGCACACCCACAUAAGCAUGCACGCACAGAUAACAACUCACACAAACGACAUAAUACACUCAUGGUAUCACCUUAAGAUGUUAAAGUAGAAAUGUAAAUAGUGAGCAGUGGCCCAUUAUAAUGCAUAAAGCUGGUAGAAUGCAGAGCUCGAUUCCUCUAGGACCCCAGUCC